GGGGAGCAAGAGCCAGCGAGAGAGUCCAGCCCUCUUCAACAAAACCAUUCAACUCCUGCACAGUGAGCAGUCCCAGACCUCUUACGAGCGCACUGCUUCCCUGGGGCACAUCCAGAAGCCGACUGCCCAUCCCAUACAAACUUCCCAAGGACCUGGAGAGGGAGAAAUCCACUGACAGAACUAUUCCUACAGCAUCUCUUCUCACAACUUGCCAGCAAGGAUUACUCUUUUUCCUGACUUUUCUUCCCCCCCUUAGUAGUUCUUACUUUUUUGACUCCUCUAAGAUUGCACUCAAGCGCAGGCAGACGGACUUUACUGCCAGCUAUUGGCGACUGACCGGAUUCCUGUCUUACUUUGAAAGGAACUUUUGAAAGUAAGUUUUUUUUUUUGUUUCAUUGCAAGCGGUACAGCUUUCUUCAGACACCUUUUAUUUAAGGAUGUCCCCUCUGCCUCUACUGAGCGGGAUCCUCCUGCUGCUAAUCCAGUCCUGCUCCCUGAGUGCCAUGGUCACCAAAGGGAGCCUGCCGAUGUCCGAACAGCAGGCAGGCGCCACGGUCUGUCCAUCCUGCGCGCUGGCGAGAUUUCGAAAAGGUGUUUCGGAGAGCGAGGACGAGGGUGCUCAGCAAGACGUGGUUGAGGCAGUGAAGAGGCACAUACUUAACAUGCUGCACCUGCAAGAGCGACCCAACAUCACACACCCGGUGCCUCGUGCUGCGCUCCUCAAUGCCAUCCGUAAGGUGCACGUGGGACGGGUGGGCAAGGACGGCAGUGUCCUGAUUGAGGACGAGGCCAGCAACCGCGCCGAGACCGAACAGGCAGAACAGACGGAGAUCAUCACGUUCGCUGAAACCGGCGAAGCUCCAGGCAUAGUCAACUUUCUCAUCUCCAAGGAAGGCGGUGAGAUGUCUGUGGUGGACCAAGCCAACGUCUGGAUCUUCCUUCGACUGCCGAAAGGCAACCGCACACGCGCUAACGUCACCAUCCGGCUGCUCCUGCAGCAGGGCGCCGGGGAGAAAUUCCUGGCAGAGAAAUCCGUGGACACGCGGCGCAGCGGCUGGCAUACAUUUCCAGCAUCGCAGAGCGUGCAGUCGUUGCUGCAGCACGGGGGAAGCACACUGAGUCUGCGCGUCUCCUGCCCGCUGUGUGCUGACGCCCGGGCCACGCCGGUGCUGGUGUCUCCGGGAGGCAGCGAGCGCGAGCAAUCCCAUCGGCCGUUUCUCAUGGCCGUGGUGCGACAGAUGGACGAGCUCUCCCUGAGGAGACGCCGCAAGAGAGGCCUGGAAUGCGACGGCAAGGCCCGUGUCUGCUGCAAGCGGCAAUUUUACGUAAACUUCAAGGACAUCGGCUGGAACGACUGGAUCAUCGCUCCGUCGGGGUACCACGCCAACUACUGCGAAGGUGACUGCGCCAGCAACGUGGCCAGCAUCACCGGCAACUCGCUGUCCUUCCACUCCACGGUCAUCAGCCACUACCGUAUCCGAGGGUACAGCCCUUUCACCAACAUCAAGUCCUGCUGCGUCCCCACGCGUCUGCGAGCCAUGUCCAUGCUCUACUACAACGAGGAGCAGAAAAUCGUCAAAAAGGACAUCCAGAACAUGAUUGUAGAAGAAUGCGGCUGCUCGUAAGGGCACUUCGAGAAGAGGAAGGGUGGGAAGGGAGCAAGGUUGGACGGUUGGGGCAAGGACUUGAGUCCCGAAACGAAUGAAAAAGACGAGAUGUAGAGGGAGAGGAGAGGAGAGCUCCUUUAUCUCUAUCUCACUGCCUCAAGACAAACUCUCACGUAGACAGGCCUCUCUUUCUCUCGACCACUUGUGCGUGGUCAUCUUAGAAUCCAAUGGGUAUCUGUAACUCAGAGUAAUCUCUGUGGCACUUUCAAAA